AUGUGUAUAGCGGUGUUCAUUUGGGAUUCUCACCCACUCUAUCCGUUCCUUCUAUUGCUCAACAGAGACGAAUAUCACUCCCGGCCGACGUCGCCACUGGGAUGGUGGGAAGAUGGUGAAAUACUUGGGGGAAGAGAUGGGGAAGCCGGUGGGACCUGGCUGGCUUGCACGAGGAACGGAAGGCUUGCAUUCGUUACGAAUGUGAGGGAAAUCAAACCAAAUUUCCAGGGCAAGAGCAGAGGAGACCUCUCUGUUCGGUUCUUAAAGAGCAAAAAUAGUCCUAAAGAAUUUGCGGAGGAACUCAAGGGAGAAGCAGACCAGUACCAUGGGUUCAACUUGAUAUUAGCUGAUCUUUGCUCUAUGACCAUGUUGUAUAUAACCAACAGAACAAAGGACAAUGGCCUAUCAGUAAUAGAAGUUUCUCCUGGUAUUCAUGUUUUAUCAAAUGCAAUGCUAGACACUCCAUGGCCCAAGGCUCAAAGGUUGAGGCAUAGUUUCAAGGAUAUGUUGGAUAAAUUUGGUGAAGCUGAAAUUUCUAUUGAAGAGAUGAUUGCAAAUCUAAUGAGGGACACUACCAAGGAUGACGAAAGCAAGCUGCCUCACAUUUAUCCUCCUGAGUUUGAAUGCCAGUUGAGUUCCAUAUUUGUUGAGGCAGAUACAUCUUUGGGACGUUAUGGCACAAGGAGCACGUCUGCGGUAGUCUUGAAAACAAGUGGGGAUGUGAGCUUUUAUGAAACACAUAUUGAGAAAGAUUUGUGGAAGGAGAGGAAAAUUUGCUACCAUAUGGAGAAAGAGAAAGCUGCAUGUUAA